AGUUAGAAUGCAUUUGUACUUAAGGAGCUUUUGUGCCUUGCAUAGUGGUUGAAAUCUGUUCAAAUUAUUAAUCUUUCCGAAUUAUGUAGGUAACAGAUGUGUAAUGUCCUGUCAUCGCGCUCAUCCUCAAAGGCCAGAUAUCGACCAAAACUGCAAAGCCCUCCUCUUGUAGACAAUCAGGUCACUGCAUUUCAAGCCACAAAAGAGACAAAUAGCGGCAAUUCCAUGUUGACUAUUAAUAGACACCGACCAGCUAACGUGUUGAAAGUGCAUGCUUUGAAAUUUCCCUUUGAGUGUUCCGAAAGAGACCACCCACAUGAGAAAACUCAGUGGCACAGAAGCUCGAAAUUAUGCCGGGCGGUUGCCGCCCCGGUGUCCGGUCAAAGGAACUAAUGGGGAUGAUGGUGGCAGUAAUGGAGCACAGUUGAGUGUCAUAUUGAUAUCGGAAUUUUGCAGUGAAUAGACUUUGUGCAAGUAAUCGGUAGCAGUGGAUGUUGAGAUUGCCCGACUGAGUAGAAAAUAGAGAAGUGUAGUGCAACAGUGUUCGAGUAGUUUGAAUCGUGAAUACGGAGAAUAACAGAGAGAACGGAGAAUCGGCGUUGCUGUGCUCGAAGUCGUUAGCCCAGAUAAGGAGAUGGUCCUCAGUGAAAGCCAACUGGCGCUAUGUACAGUUUUCACGUUGUAUUUGGGUGGUCUUCCCCUGAUGUACUCACCAGCACCGAGAGGCGAUUGUGAAAACUGCUGCCCCAUCCGGGAACCGAAAGAUAUUCAGUUUUUCCUAUUCACGAGGCAAAAUCGCGACAAAGGGGACGUGCUCUAUGUUUCCGACAAGAAACAUCUGAGGAAAUCCCAUCUGAACAGGACCAAUCCGCUGGUAAUCUAUAUGCAUGGCUUCUCGGAGCGGGCCCCGGGUGGCGAUGGUGAAAGCAGCAAACAGAUGCGGGACGCUCUCCUCAAUGCCGGUGACUACAACGUGGUCCUGGUGGAUUGGAGUCCCCUCACGGCGCUGCCCUGGUACGUGAACUCCGUCCAGAAUGGGCCUCGAGUCGGGCGGUACAUUGCUCGGUUUAUCCGAUUCAUGGUGCUGUCGAAUUUCCCGCUAAAGCAAAUUCACCUGAUCGGAUUUAGUCUGGGGGCCGAGGUAGCUGGAUUUGCAGGCAAGACUCUCAACGAAUGGGGACUGAAACUGCCAAGGAUAACGGGUUUGGAUCCCGCUUUUCCACUGUACGUUUUCGAGAAAGCAUCACAACGACUGAGCCCCAACGAUGCUGAAUUCGUGGAUGUUAUUCACACUGACGGUGGUCUGUUAGGGUAUCCGUGGCCUUUGGGGCAUGUUGAUUUUUACCCAAACGGCGGAAUUCCGCUACAGCCGGGAUGUGCACAACAGGAGCUGGCUAAGAACCGUUGGCUAGGAGUGAUAAUUGGAUGCAGUCAUGCCAGGGCCUGGCAGUACUUUGCCGAAUCGCUUACCAGACCCAAAGCGUUCCUGUGCGAUAGGUGCGAAAACAGCGAUGACAAUGCAUCGGACAGCAACUGCACCAUGACCAAAGAUGUUUUCAUGGGAAUGGGUACGGAUAGGUCGCUUCGAGGGAAGUUCUAUCUGACCACGAAUCCGGAACCACCGUUCGGGAGGAAUUUGCCAAUCGAUUGAAAUAAUUCUAGUUCAAACACUUGUAAAUAGUAGGGUUAGGUAGACUUUUUAAAUUCACCAGUACAAUGAUUGUGAUUAAUUUUUUACAUAAA